CCCGCUUCCCUCCCAUCCCAUGGAUCGAAAACCGAGCGUUGUCCCCUUCCUCUUGAUUGCAUUCACCUUCUUCCUUUCCCUCACUCCAUCCCUCCCGGCCCUACUCCCCAAAUCUCAAACCCUAAUCCUCAAUCGCCUCCCUUCCCCUCCCCAAUCCCUCUCCUGGACCGACGCCGAUGACGAAUCCCAGCCACUAGCUUCAAUUGCAGUCGGAGAUCUCGAAUCUCCAGACUCCGCCGCCGCCGCCUCCUCCUCCUCCAUUUUCAGUGUACAGCUCCACCAUGUCGAUGCUCUGUCCUCCAACAGAACUCCGCAGGAGCUCUUCGGCUCCAGGCUGCUCCGCGACGCCUCCCGUGUCGAGAGCAUCCAAUCCGCCGUCUCCGCCGCUGCCGGAGGACGCGGCGGAGCUGGAGCUGGAUUCAGCAGCUCGGUAAUUUCCGGACUCGCGCAGGGGAGCGGCGAGUACUUCACGCGCCUCGGCGUCGGGACUCCGCCGAAGAAUGUGUACAUGGUGCUCGACACUGGAAGCGAUGUCGUUUGGCUGCAGUGCGCGCCGUGCAAGAAGUGCUACUCCCAGGCGGAUCCGGUUUUCGACCCGAGGAGAUCCAGCUCCUACUCCCGGAUCCCCUGCGACGCGCCGCUCUGCCGCCGGCUGGACUCUCCGGGCUGCAAUUCGGGGAACCAGACCUGUUUGUAUCAGGUCUCCUACGGCGACGGCUCGUUUACCUACGGCGAUUUCUCCACCGAGACGCUCACGUUCCGCCGGACGCGCGUGCCGCGCGUGGCGGUGGGGUGCGGCCACGACAACGAGGGGCUUUUCGUCGGUGCGGCGGGUUUGAUGGGUCUGGGGAGAGGGAAACUGUCUUUCCCCUCGCAGACGGGCCAGCGGUUCAACCGGAAGUUCUCGUACUGCUUGGUGGACCGGUCGGCUUCGUCAAAGCCGUCGUCGAUGAUGUUCGGCGACCGGGCGGUUUCCCGGACCGCCCGGUUCACCCCGCUGGUCUCUAACCCGAGCCUCGACACGUUUUACUACGUGGAGCUGCUCGGGAUCAGCGUGGGUGGGACGCGUGUUCCCGGGAUCCGGGCCGAGCUUUUCAAGCUCGACCCGGCCGGGAACGGUGGGGUGAUCGUCGAUUCGGGCACCUCGGUCACGAGGCUGACCAGACCUGCUUACGUGUCGCUCCGCGAUGCGUUCCGGGUCGGCGCGGUGACGCUGAAGCGGGCGCCGGACUUCUCCCUGUUCGACACGUGCUUCGAUCUUUCGGGGAAGACGGAGGUGAAGGUGCCCACGCUGGUUUUGCACUUCCGAGGCGCCGAUGUGUCGCUGCCGGCGGCGAAUUACCUCGUCCCGGUGGACACCGCCGGCACGUUUUGCUUCGCGUUCGCGGGGACGAUGGGCGGGUUGUCGAUCAUCGGGAAUAUUCAGCAGCAAGGGUUCCGGGUCGUGUUCGAUUUGGCCGGGUCGCGAAUUGGGUUUGCUCCACGUGGGUGUGUGUGAGCUGGACUGGAAUCCGAGUUUUAGAUUUGGCGAAUGUUUGUUUUUCUAAUUCGGGAAGUCUUUAAGAUUAAUGGAAACUUUGCUCCCCCAAUUAAUACUUUUUUUCCAAAUGCAUGACAAUUAAGCGUUGCGGGGUUAACAGUUAACACAUUACGAGUUCAAGGUUGCUCCCAAUUCUUGGCGGAGGGAGAUGUAGAGGACAUUUGGUCGAUCAGGAAAAAAAAUAAAAAAAUCAUUGAUCUUCUAAUCCUAAUUCAAAAAUCUCUUAUUGUACUUUACAUAUACAAAAGUUUGUUCUUGUAACUAAGAAGAUAUUUCAGCGCAUUAUAUUCGUGUCAUUUCGAUAAAAUUUUCUGCAACAU